UAAAAGGCUCUACGAGCUUCUACAUCUUCGCUGCUACAUUUUCUGUGAAUUGCUUUCCUUCUUCAGACUUCUGCAUUUAAGGAGACGAAAACAGGGAAAAAAAAAAAUAGAUGAAAAUUUAUUUUUUGCGAAACCGGAAAAAUGGAUUUGAUUAAAGUCCCUAUAAUUUCAACAAUUCCACCAACGAAGAGCUUCUUACACAGGCCUUCUCUUUCAAACCACAACUUCCCAUUCCCAAUUUUGGCACAACCAUUUCCUGCAAUUCAAAUCAAAUCCUAUCCACUUCAGGCCAAGAAGAGAAACUCGCAGUCGGAGCCAGUUCUCAAGCCAACCAUAAUUGAAGAAGUAUCCGAGGAGGAUGAAGAUGAAGAAGAGCAGCUUUUCCUUGAUGAGCUUGAAGACGAGGCAUUGAUGGAUACUGAAGAUGAGGAUUUGGAGGAUGAGUUCUUGGAAGACGAAGCUGAACUCUAUGUUGGAGAUGGGACUGCCGGAGGUGGAAUUGCUCUUGCUGGGACAUGGUGGGAUAAAGAAGCAUUAAGGAUAGCUGAGGAAGUUUGUGAAUCCUUUGAUGGUGAAUUGAAAAUAUAUGCAUUUAAGACAUUGUCAAAUCUCACUAUUCAAGUGCGCAUUGAGAGGCUUACAAAUAAGUCUGGUUCUCCCAAUAUGGAAGAUAUUGAAGCUUUUUCGACAACCUAUAGAUCACGGUUGGAUGAGGCCGAGGUUGCUAAAACUAUAGCAAAUAAUAUAGCUUUAGAGGUAUCAUCUCCUGGUGUUGAAAGGGUGGUUCGAAUUCCUGAAGAGCUGGAUCGCUUCAAUGAUCGGCCCAUGUAUGUGAAAUAUGUCAGUGACGCUGCUACUUUGGAUUCAUCUUCAGAAAGUGAUGGCAUUUUCAGGCUCAUUUCUUUUGAUAUGGAAACAAAAUGUUGCACCUGGGGUUUGGCAGAUGUACGGAUAAACAGAGAAAAAGCUGGGAAGGGAAGACCACUUAGCAAAAAGCAAAGAGAGUGGCGCUUGAACACACCCUUUCAUUCCUUGCUAUUAGUUCGACUGUAUUCUGAAAUCUGAGUGUAUACUUUUUGUUCUAUCUUCUUUUUUUUUUUUUUCAUCCCUGAGACCAUGCAUACCUGUACUGUAGGGAACUUCAGUAAUAAUAAUUCAUCUAGCAUAGUAACAGCUAUUGGCAACAAAUGAAGUGCCGUCCCCAACUGGCUGUGUCUGGCAUACCAUUCUGUAUGUGAAGUGAUGAAAUGUAAUAUAUUGUACUAUACGUAUUUAAAAAAAAAAAAAAAAA